ACCAGAGAAUAUGCCGAUUUCAUUCAGUAGUGGAAUCGCGAAAAUUAUGAGUAGCAAUUUUACUGUGCGGCGUGAUACUUCAAUUUUCUGGAGCUUUCUCGUAGCGUAGAAAAAGCUACAUCUGUUAGAUUGCGUAUCGUCUUUUACUAUCCGUUGCAAAAAUGUCAUCAGAGAGUUUCCUCUAGAGUGUUACACUGUGUUUCAGCUUUCAGUGUGUGAGUGUGAAUGUGUUGACCAGCACUCGUAGCAGUAUCGAAGCCUUUAUCAGAAUUUUUUGUACACCAGUUUUAUCCUUUUGUUCGAAAUCCCCAAAUUCAUCGGUGUUCUCCCAGAUAACUGCUCCUGCCCGUGCCAGAUAAGCGGUUCCGUUUGUGCCUGUCUCUCGCGUCGACUUUUGAAUUGAUCGAAAAUCUUUGGUGACCUUUAUUUACAUUCACGGGCUGCUCGGUAGAGCUUUCGUUUUUCGCGUCAAAUGGAGCUCAACAUAAAUUUCUGGUCGUAAAUCUCGAGUGUACCGUAGUUUUGUGGUCUGCUAGUGAAAAAGAGUGAAACUAUGGCCGGGCAAACCAUCAGUGACAGGCUGCUGGCAGCAAGGCACAGUUUGGCAGGUCAAGGAUUAGCAAAAUCAGUCUGCAAAGCAACUACUGAAGAACUUAUAGGACCUAAGAAGAAACAUUUAGACUAUUUAAUUCACUGUACAAAUGAGCCGAAUGUCUCAAUUCCUCAGUUGGCAAAUUUACUCAUAGAGCGAUCCCAAAAUGCAAAUUGGGUGGUCGUUUUCAAAGCUCUCAUCACAGUCCACCAUCUAAUGUGUUAUGGAAAUGAACGUUUCACCCAAUAUUUAGCCUCUAGUAAUAGCUCAUUUCAACUAAGCAAUUUUUUAGACAAAAGUGGCGUUCAAGCAGGAGCAAGAGUGGGUUAUGACAUGUCACCCUUCAUUAGGAGGUAUGCACGAUACUUGAAUGAGAAAGCUAUGUCCUAUAGAACUGUUGCUUUUGACUUCUGCAAAGUUAAAAGAGGGAAAGAGGAUGGUGUCCUUCGGACAAUGAAUUCUGAGAAGCUGUUGAAAACUCUUCCUGCAUUACAAGCGCAGAUAGAUGCGCUCCUUGAAUUUGACUGUUCAGCACAGGACCUCAGCAACGGUGUUAUCAAUAUGGCUUUCAUGCUACUCUUUAGAGAUCUUAUCAGAUUAUUUGCAGGAUAUAAUGACAGUAUCAUCAAUUUGUUAGAAAAAUAUUUUGAUAUGAAUAAAAAACAAUGCAGAGAAGCUUUGGACCUGUACAAAAAGUUCUUGAUUAGAAUGGAUAGAGUUGGUGAAUUUUUGAAAGUUGCAGAAUGUGUUGGAAUCGACAAAGGAGAAAUUCCUGAUCUUACAAAGGCCCCAAGCAGUCUACUUGAUGCUCUCGAACAACACGUUGCCUGUUUGGAAGGACGGAAAGGAUCCACUGCAAAUACUCCCACUCAGGCAGCUAGUCAAAGGAGUGAUGUGAAAAGUGGAGUGAAUGCUUUGAAUUGCACUAGUUCUGCAUUCGGAACUGUUGUCCAAACUGCAGACCACGAGGAGAGUCUACGCCUACAAGCGCUUGCAGAAGAAGAAGCUGCAAUGAAUCAAUACAAGGCUAAAGUUCAGAGUCCGACAAGUAGUACAAAUCCCUUCCUCAUUUCGCCGCAACAUCAACCUUCUCAGCAGCAACCAAUUGUAGACCUGUUUUCUUCUCCAACUCAGCCAACAACUAAUGGAACGCAAGCCAACAAAGCGUCGGAUGAUCUUCUGCAGCUUGGCAACCCUUUCCUUGACAUGUUCUCAAGUGCUCCUGCACCACCUCAAAACAAUACACCUUGGAUGUCAAAUGGUACUGGAACUGGUGCAUUUGUGGAUGACAAGUCAUUUUCAUCCGUAUUCGGCCAGGCUGACUCAAACAGUCAAGCUCUUAAUGCAGCUGCCUCGGUCGGAGCCACUCCCAAUCCCUUCCUGUCAGACCCUUCUAAUCCUUCGAGUGCCCAAACCAUGAACUUAUUUGAGACCGGUGACAAGAGUGGGGAUAAUUUUUUUGGGGAGGGGAGUGAAUCUCCGAACUUGGGAGGCACUCCAAUAAGGAGGCCCUCUGGUGGUCCACCUCCCGGGCGACCUCCACCGCCAGGAGCCGUUUCUAAAGAACCCAAAAGUGCUGUUGACGAUUUGAACGAUAGUAUCCAGCAAGCAUUGGGGUCGCCAGCUCGACCUCCCCCCGCUAAACAAGUUGUAAUGCAACAACCCCCUGCAUCCACUCUUCCCUAUACCCCUCCCAUCCAAAUUCCAGCACAAGGCUUCGGUUCUCCGCUUCAUCGCCCUCCGGCUCCAUCAGGAGCCCCCCUAAAUAAUACCUCUACUACCAAUAAAGUUCUCACUGGUGACCUUGACAGCAGUCUAGCAUCUUUAGCCGAAAAUUUAUCGAUCAACAAAAGUACUCAGCCACCCAAGGGUGUCCAAUGGAACUCACCGAAAAACAAUGUUAAAUCAGGAGGCACCCCAGCAGCCAAUUGGACUCCUCAGCCCAUGGCUGCCACAACUGGUGCAAAUUAUCGGCCCAUGGGGCAAGGUAUGAUCAGUACCCCCAUGGCAUAUACACCCUAUGUGCAACCAAUGGGAAUGCAACCGUUAGGAGGUAUGCGAAUGCCCAGUCAAGUGCCAGGAAUGAUGGGAAGUCCAAGGCCAAUGCAACCUCAAACUAAUCCUGACCCCUUUGGCAACUUAUAAAAAUUUGAAGUCGGACAAGGAAGACUUUGACUGAUCAUAUACAAGUUUAAUUCAAGUUUCGGUUUAUGAAGUUUAUAAAAAAAAUUCUGGCAGAAUUGAAAGAGAAUUUUCUGUUUUGCCCCUUAGUUCGGGUACAACUCUUUUAGUAUUUCUUUAUCCGUGUAAAAUGUGUAUACAAUUGUAUUAAGAGUGAAUGUUCCUCUAAGUUGAUUCAUUGUUUUGUUUAUAGUACUGUGAAUGAAUUUGUAUAUUAGAAACAAAGGUUUAGUAGGUAUAUCAUAUGUUAUUGUUUCUUUAGAUUUUAUGUAUUAAAAGUAUACUUGAUGUGAAAAUUAUCUAUCAAGAACAAGCCGAUCAUCUUAAAAGUGUUUGCUUCAAUUCCUACGCUGUGUCUGCCACUGAAUAAGUCACUUUAUUUUUAAAAAAAUAAUGAAUAAUCCAAUCUUAUAUUUUAAAUUUAAAAGAGUUCAUCGCAAAUAAUUACAGGAAAAAGGAGCCUGCUUUCAGUUGUUGCGGUGCAUUCUAAGUGAACUGAAUUGAACGAAAUCUGAAAAUGAAACACAAUAAAAGAAGAGGGAGAAAGCAAAUUCUUAUUACUAGUAGUACAAUUUUUUUCUGCCUAAUGAUUCAUAUUUUUUUAAACAUGAUGGGAAGAAAAGAAUAUAGUAAAAGCAUGACUAUCUUCAGAAGCGGUUUUGUAACAGUCUAUCAUCAUAAUAAGUUAUUUCUAAGUCAUUAAAACACUAUCACUGCUGCAAAAAAUUAUUAGCAUCAUUUAUAAUCUUAAUGAAAUUUCUUUUAUCUAGCAUUCAACCAGACCCUUACAUGCAUCUACCAAAAAUCAUAAUAUUCUCCCAAUUUGCCAUGCUCUUGAUUAAUAGAUUAGGGAAAAAUAAGUUCCCUGUUUUGUGUUAUUUUACUGUAUUUUUUGUUACUGCACUAUUAGUUCUCGUAGAAAAAAUUGAAGAGAUCUCUUUUGUGUUUUAAAAAUCAAUUUUUAAACCUACUUGUUGCAGGGCAAGUAAAAAAAUGUACCUGUUUUAUUAUCAUCGUUUCUUUUUUUUUAGGCUUUAUACAUUCCUCAGUUUAUAUUUUUAGGUCAAACACGUUCUUGUUCUGUAUGGUUCUUUUCCUCCUUUUUUUUGUUACUAUCAUUAAGAUCAUCAGAGAUUUUAGUUUCCCUUCCUUUCUAGUAUACAUAUUUGCAUUCAAUGAAAAAUAUUAAUUUUUCCAAGACAUAUUUUUAAGCUAGUCUCAUGAACAUUUUUUUAAAUGGUACAGAAUGAUUCAUGGAUAUUUUGCCGUACAAAUUGCUUACAAUGUUAAAGUGACUUCAUAAUUUGCGACUAAAACCAUCCCUUUUUUUUAAAAUUAAUGGAGUCUUUCCAUCUAGCGUGAAUACAAAUUAUUUGCUACAUCUUAUUUGUAACAUCAAAUGCCUAAUUUUCCUUCUUCUUUGCUCUUGUUUCAAAUUAAGGCUCACCAUGAAGUAGGCCUCUUUUAGCUAUUUUUCUUUUCUUUUAUUACUGUUUCUCCCUUCAAUUCCUUCAAAAUUUUACGCUAUCCUAUUUUUAUGAUAUCAAAAAAAUCUUCAAAAUCACCCUCGAUUGUAAUUGGCAUGUACGUACACUUAAGUAGCUUUGAUUUAAGCCUCUAUAAUCUGCUGUUUAUAAAAGUUGUAUAGUAAUCUUAUAUAUUUAAAAAGUUAUGUAUAUAUGAAGGUGUAUAAAUGACUUCUAAUAAGUAGCAUUAUAAUGUAUCAAAGGAAGUGAAAAGUUCCUUCCUCUAAAAGACCUCUCACUACCUUUCUUCCCUCUGAAGCAUGUUGCGGAGUGUCAAGGAAUUUUCACAACUUAAGUAGAGAUGUUUUGAUCACAGUUUUAAAUUAUGUUCAAGGUUACUUUUCUGUGAUACUCUAGCUUAUGAAAAAUUUUAGCCGUCAAAAAACGUUAUAUUGGUGCACCCAUAUCCUGUUAAAUUUUUAUUUUAUGUCCUACGUGUGUGAUGAAUGCAGGAGAUACAUGCAUUUUUGUUUAAGCUAAUAGCAGUGAGAACUCAAUAUGAAGUCUCAUAGUUUUUAUAGCCACACAAAAUUUCCGAGCCUCAUGUUUUAUGAUUUGUUUGAUCACUUGCAGAAGAGUUCCGUACAAGCUUUCUUUGAGAGAAAUAACCAGAGUUGAAUAGGGGCUGGAAAAGAAAAGAGGUUGAAGCAGCAGCAUUGCGUAUGAGCAUUUAUCUAUUUGCUUUUGCUCCAUUCACUAAUAUUACUUUGACUCGUCGUUAACUCUGAUUUCAAUUGGCUAAGCCUUUGAAGCCACAUAGGACAAACACUCUUACAAGAUGCUCUGCCAGUCAGAGCAUAAUAUUGCCUUAAGAAAGGUGUAACUCAAGUUUUGCUCAUUAUAAUAAAAUGUCAGAUAGAUCAGUUACCAUCAAAAUCAUUGCAUUCUGCAUUGUCCUAAAAAUUGUAUGGCUCCUUGUAGAGUUCUCAAACUUCUUCUCCAUGUGGCGGACCACAGUUUCUUUUGUUAAGUUUUUCCUGUUUUUUUUUUUUUUUUUGGAACCAAAUGAUUUUGAUGUAGAGAUUGUAUAUUUUUAGUAACUCCCCUUGAAUAAUUGAUCGGAGUGAAAAAAGCCGUUUCUGGCAAUGUAUGGAAUAUUCUUCAUAGUACAUUUUUGUUAGAAAUCAUUGUCAGAAACUUUUCUUACAGCAAGUUUAAUUCUAGCGUUCAGAUCAGUGCUUUCCUAACUUCAUAGAGUAAGUAACUUUGCCGAAAUCGUUCCAACGAUGCUUACACCAUAGCAUCUCUGGCAUUGCACUACUCAAGACGUUCCAAUCAGCUGUAGAUAAAAUAAAAAAUUAGAAUUACAUAUGUAUGUGUUAGCAACUGAGUGCAAUAUUAGUUCUCAUGUAUGACUAAAGUCUUAAAACUAAUUAUUGUUUCGAAUAAUUGAAAAUUAAAAGCGGCAAGAGAGUCAACCUAAGCAUUCCUUUUUGUUUUUUUUAUCUCUCAUCUAACUUGAACACCCUACUCUUUUCUUUCACUCUUCCCUAGGAUAUGUUUUCUUUCCGUUGAGAAUCUUACAUUAACUUCGCUGAUCCUGCUGAGAAUGAAAUGUUGACCCUUGCAACUGUUUGCCUUGUGGAGACAUUCAUAUUGGUUCUAAAAAUGGUCUUUCACUCCAUCAGAAUAGAUGAUCUGUUCUUCUAUGGUUUAUUAAAACUGGUCCCUUCAUUCCUUCAGGCAAGCUAUUUUUUUGGCGCCAGGAUGUGCUUCAUGCAUAGAUUGAUUGCUCAUCUGAACAUCCUCUGGAUGUUUUAGAUUGACCUAAGCUCCGAGCUUUCCUGGCCACUUUAAUGGUAAACUCUCUCUUGCUUUUAGUGGGUAGAUAUUUUAGAAGCAGGACUGUUCUCGUCGCCUAAUUGAGUUUCUCUCAGUGUUACCAGUGCGUGUGUGUACCAUGGGCGCUGCUUAUUGUGGUCAGGUUUGGCAAAGCAAGUAUUAGUCCUUGGCUAAAGAGGCUGAUUCUAAAAAGUGACAGGGAAAAAAAACGGUAAAAUUAUGUGUACACUCAAGUUUACUCAGACUCUCCACUGGCUGACGUUCAAUUUUUUGUCAAUUCAGUAAAAUUAAUUUCAUGCACAAAUGAUUGCGAUAUUGGUAACUUCUGCAGUUCUGCACAGCAUCCCACUGAUUUUCAUUCGGAAGCUUAUCAUUUGUUCUGAAAUUUGUUCCUUCCCUGUCACAAUUAGGUCUCUUUAACGUUUACAUGAACCUGCUUCAUACCUUGAAUAAAAAAAAAAUCGCUAUAAAACUGCCCUCAAAUUUUAAUUCCUAAAUUGCAAGACAUUAUUUUAUGCACUGACUGAUGCAAGUCUAAUUACUGUCAGAUGACAUUUUUUAAAGACGCAUUGGUCAGCAAAAAUAAGCUCUUACAAUAGUUCAGCGCUGAUGAAGGUGUGCCUUCCUGAUUACAAUAAAUGGACGGUCGAUUACAAUAAAUGGACGGUCGAUCACAAUAAAUGGACGGUCGAUCACAAUAUGCGGUGAGCUUUGCAGGUAAAAAUAUGUUGCCUCUCUGUUACUGUAAAAAUGAUUUUAUUGACCGUGAUCAUAAUAAGCGGCGUUUAUGGUACUUGCACUAAUGCAAAAUUGAAGAUUGUAGAAGUGGCAGCUUAUUUUUUCAUCACUUAUGCAUAUAAUAGGAAUGUAGAUAAUUAAAUAUCAUGCAUUUUUGUUGCGUUGUGUAUUUUUCAAAAUUUAAUUUGCUCUCUAUUGUGACUUUGGCCAAAGUUGUUUUAACAAGUGAUAGCCCUCCUUUAAAUUGACUCAUUGAAUGCUUCAUUACAGUCUGGAAGGUAACACUGAGUUCUGUUAUCUCUUUGAUUUGUAUCUGAUAAAUAAGGUGCCAUAAGGAAGGUUGUAGGGAAUUCAAAAGACAAUAAUUGUAGGGAUUAUUUUCAAAAAUUGCGUAUUUAAGUGCUUUGUAAUAUAUGCUUAUAGUUAUGCAUUUUAGUGAAUGUGGAACAUUUUGCUGUCUUGCGCAUCUCACAGCUAGAGAUGAAAUAAAAAUGAUAUAUUAAAGAGCAUACAAAAUCCCUAUUUUUGCUUUACUGUGGAUUAUCUUAAGAGGAAGUUCACUCACUGUCAGGUAGAAUCAAUCAUCGAACAUAGAAAAGUCUUAUACACCACUAUAACAAAA